UGUCUUCGCUCGUGAAGAAGAACCUUCAGUGUCGUGAACGCCAGAUGCCCCUGGUUUCUCAUUCAAAUAGACGCAGAGAUGUCGAGGCUAGAGCAGGUCAGGAGUGACGUGUAAAGGAUAAUAAUACGGCUGGUCAUGUACGUGUGACAUACAAGGAAGUCUCAUCCACCAUGGGAAGCAGAGCAUCAAAGAGUGCCGCCGGAGAGGAACCAGCUAAAACAACUUUAUUUGAGAGGGAGCCCAGUGGGAUCACAUACAGGAUUCCUGCUCUCAUCUACCUGAGGCACUGUCGCACCUUCCUCGCCUUUGCAGAGAAAAGAGCCUCCUCCUGUGACCACGAUGCCAAAAUCCUGGUGAUGAGAAGAGGUCUGCAGAAAGAGGAUGGAUCUGUUCAGUGGUCAUCCAGUCAGGAGCUUUCUACUGCAUGCCUACCAAACUACCGCACCAUGAACCCCUGUCCGGUGUACGAAAAGAACAGCAAGAGGCUGUUUCUGUUUUUCAUCUGCGUUUUGGGAAAUACCACUGAGAUAAAGCAGAUCAUCACAGGUAAGAACAAGACCCGUCUCUGUUGUGUUAGCAGCAGCAACGAUGGACAAACCUGGAGCAACGCCACAGACUUGACAGAGAGCGUGAUUGGGGAGGCUGUGCACAAAUGGGCCACGUUUGGUGUAGGCCCAGGCCAUGGCGUUCAGCUGGAGAACAACAGGCUGAUCAUCCCUGCCUACACCUAUUAUAUCCCCUACAGGUGCUGCUCCUUUCCUGUGCCCUUCACAGUGUACCCACGCGCUCUCACCGUGUACAGCGAGGACUUUGGACAGACAUGGCACAUAGGUAAGAAGCUCCAAAAGAAGUCUUGUGAAUGUGAGAUGGCAGAGAUUAUAGACCACGAGGGUAGGAGUCACCUUUACUGCAACGCUCGUCACAGUGGGGGCCACAGAUGCGAGGCCCUCAGUGAGAACAGCGGCGUUUACUUCGACAAGCCCCACACGGCGUCAGAGCUGGUGGAACAACCCUCUGGCUGCCAGGGCAGUGUCAUUGGCUUUCCCGCGCCAGAGUUCAUCCCCAACAACGACGCUGAGAGCAAAGCUUGUGGCACGUCCCUUUUGUCGCCAGACACACAAACCUGGCUCCUCUUCAUGCACCCGACCAACAAGUCCAGCCGGCGGGACAUGGGGGUGUAUUUGAACCGGUCGCCCCUGCACUCGUCUGGAUGGGACAAGCCCAGGAUCAUCCACAGGGGCCCCAGCGGCUACUCUGACCUGGCUUACAACGUGGACAAGGAUCAGUUUUCCUGCCUGAUGGAAUGUGGGAAGGAGAGCGAGCUAGAGCAGAUUGCGUUUACUACUUUUUCCCUCAAUGAUGUAAUGCAGAUAGGAGACAAGAAAGACAAGAAGAUGCUCUGAGUUGAGGCAGUUUUAAAGCUCUAAAUGAUCCUGCACACCAAACGAAAAGACAAACAACUAGAAGCUACUAAAAGUGUGGUGCAGUGACGUUCGUCUGUGUUUAUUAUUGUUCUACACUCUGGAGAUGUUAAUGCAUGCAGCUGUUGUGUGUUUUCUUGUCUCUUUGUUCACAUGAGUAAAUUAAGUCUUAUUAUUGUCAUGCAAGUGUAUGAAAAGCAUUUUUUUAAUAGAAUAGUCAUUUGAUGUUAAGCAUGCUGUGUUGGAUUGUCAUUUUUUAAGCAGGCUUUGUGUUUGGCAUGCUUGAUUAGCUCCCCAUAGGCGUUUCUGCGUCUUGUCAGUCUUUUCUGAGCAGAGGAGAGAAUCAGCCUACCUCUUUGUGUUCAGACAAUGAUCAUAAAGGCCUUUUAAAGUUGAAUGCAGAGUUCCCCGUUUCACUGUUAGACUACUUUAUUUCACAUAUGCCUUCUGCUGUGUUGUUUAUGCUCAGGCUGUGCAGCGGCCUGCCCGUGAGUGCCAUAAAUCAGUCAGUUACACUGAAGAGAAAAGCUGAUCAACAUCUGUGAAAUCAUGGUUUAACAUGUCAGAACCAGCAUUCAGAUCCCGAUCCUGUGACUAAAGCACAGCACUGUAAGGUCAUUAUCAGAUGUGAUUUGAUUCUAAAGGGGUUUUUAUGUGAGGAUAGAAGAUUUAAAAUCCCUUUUCUGAAAUUUGUAUGAAGCCAUCGAAGAGAGGGUAAAACCUGAGAAAUGGGCUACGUCUCCUACUGGUUCCUGCGAGACUUCUCAGUGCAGCAUAUUUAGAUCUGUGAUGCCCCUGAGAUUAAGGUACAAGACUGUCUAUAGAUUAUUUUAUUGUAAAAUAUUUUGUUCAGAAGUAGCCCACAAAUUAGCUGUAUGGGUAGUGUGUAUUUCUGAGCUGUGUAGGACCAAAUGAGUAUAACCUGAGUUUUGUCUGAAUCCAGAGUUUCACAUGCCUUUUGUGUCUUUUAGAAGAAGCUAGUAUUGGGUUUCAUCUGGCUCCGUAGAUCUAGAUAUUUCUGGUUGAUAUCUGCAUGCACACCCGUACAGAUGCACACAGUGUUGCCUAAAACAGAGCAUGUAUAUGGUAAAAAUGAUGUAUCCUAGUAUAGAACUUUGUGGAACUCCAUUACUAAAGGACUGACCACAUCAGGAGGAAUCACUGCAUCUUUUAAUUUUUUAUUUGUUCUGAUGUGGAUUGCAGAGGUGGCCUCAGCCAGAUCUAUAUGAAUGAUUUUAGAGAAGAUGAGUUUCUGUAAUCAUUAAGUUAAAUAGAUCAUAUUUAAUUGUGUAAUUUAUUCAUCUACAUGUGUUUAAGGGGUCGAUGUCAACCCAGUUUAAAAUGGUUACCACAACUGACAAUAACAAAAGAAUUAGAGAUGUACAAUAUUGGCUUUUUUUUAAUCAAUAUCUGAUGCACCAACGUAGACUAACUCUCAAUUUUUACAUACUGACAUCAUUCACUGCCGGCCGUUUCCUGAUCAGUAAAGGCCUUCGCUGCCAGCAUUUCUCACUGUUUUUACUGGUUUUUUAAGAGUCACAGAACGUUGCACGCUAGGAUGAUUUCGACGCAAAAAUAACCAAGACAAAGCAGAGACUCACCUCUUACAUCAGGAAGAAUCUGCACAUUUCGAGCGUUAUCCAUUGUUCCAUAAUCCGUUGUUGAAUUGUGAUUGGCAGAAGCUUUUCCGGUUCGCACCUCUUUUUUUUUUUUUUUUUUUUUUUUUUUUUUUUACACAGCACCGGCCCAAAAACGAUCUAACACAUGAAUUUUCUGCUUCCUGAUCAUGUGACGUGUAGCGUAUGCGGAUGAAGAUCGGCUUUAGAGCUGAGAUGUUUGUUCUCACGGUGCGGGGGCUCGUUCUGACGCCCACAUAGGAAAAAAAUGCAAAUGACGAAAGUAAGUGAGUUAAUACAUGUCAGCUACUAACAAACAAAAUAGGAAAACUUCUUCAUUCUAAAUUAGGCCAGUUGUGCCAAACAAACUCAAAUAUCUCAAUAACUAUUGACCAAUUGCACGUGAUGUCACGCUGUUCAUGAAGCUGCCCCCUGUGUCAUGAUGGAUGGCAGAGAAACUGUUUACACAUGUCAAACCUCCUGUGAAGCUUGUCAAAAAGGACUUUGGUGCUUGUGAACAUCAUGUUCAGGAAUAAAGAUGUCCAUAUGUGCUCUUUGCACCAAGAUUCCUUAGGCCACAGUUCAAAGAUCGACUUAAUUGUCUCAUCUGAUCUGCGGCUGCAUGAUGUGUAAAAGUUGUCGGAGUAAAAACUGAUUCCAAUAAUUUCAGAUAUUAUGUUUUAAUGCCAAUAUCAGUCAGCAAUAGGGCUGCAACAAAGGAUUAUUAGGAUCAUUGCUCCUGAUCUUUAAUCGGAUGGGGUCUCUACUUGAUUAAUCGGAAUAAACAGGAAAAUGUAAAAACUACUGUGAAAACAUUUUUUCUCCUUCUUUUACUUGAACAACAUGAUUAGAAAACAGUUCAAUAGCGUGCAAAACAACACGCUAUCACCUAAAUAUAUCCAUAAGUAAACAGUCAGUAAAAUGUAAUGUAUUUCAUUAACAUGUAAGCUACUGGAAAUGCUAACAACAUUUAGUUUCUACUGCUAAAAAUGGAAUGGUGACAUAUCUAUUAUGUACGGGUUAGCAAAAAGUACAUUUUAAAUUAUGUUCACAGUGGCUUGCCAUAUUCCUGCAGCAGAGCAGAUGGAAGCAGCAACCUGACUGCAGACAGCUUAGUCAACAGGAUGAUGGGGACUUUUCUUCUGCUUGUAGAGUUUAGAUGUUCUUAGUUUCACGACCACCAUGUUUUUUUGGAUACCACUUGAUCAUGAGACUGCUACCGGCUAGCAUUAGCUAACGUGCCUGUACUUUGGAUCCCAAACGUUGGACCGUUUCUGCCUUUGUGUUUUUGCUGGUUUCUCUGUUUUCCUCCACAGCGCCUAGAUUGGCACUGUGCGCCAGUAAAAAGCAUCUUCCUCACAGUAACAGGCAACUUACCUUUGUUCAAUAAAGUUCUGGGGAAAAGUGCUAGGACUAAAAGUAGUUAAUCGCGUUGUCAAUGCAUUUCUUCAUUGAUGUUUUGCAAUUGUAUCGAUUUGUUGUUGCAGCCCUAGUUGAUAAUAUCUGACAUCCCAAAAAAAUGUCCAAAACUUGGUCAGUUUUUCAGAUGUUGAGCAAGAAUUUGGUUUAAACCAUCUUUGUUCUUGUUGCGGGCGGUCUUUAACUUGGACGGUUGUAGAAAAGUCAUUCCUGACAGGAAAACUCUGGAAUUAAACAUAUUAAUAUGACUUCAGAUUAAAUGGAAUUAAGAUAAAAUGGAUUAAGUGGUGAGGCUGAAACUGAUAUUUAAAGUAUUUUUGUGUGGACAGCAGAAACUGCUUCAGAUACAGCGGGUACGGAAAGUCAAAUUUUCACUCUUUGUUAAAUUGCAGCCAUUUGCUAAAAUCAAUUACAUUCAUUUUUCUCUUCAUUAAUGUACACACAGAACCCCAUACUGACAAAAACAAAAAAACAAAACAAAAAUAGAAUAAAAAAAGUUCUGCAGAUGAAUUUCUAAAUAAAAAUUGAAACAUUUCGUGUUUCUAAAUAUUCAGACUUUGCUCAGCAUUUAGUAGAAGCACUUUUGAGCUGAAACAGCCAUGAGACUUCUUGGUAAAGAUGCAACAGGUUUAUUACACCUGGAUGUGGGGAUCUUCUGCCUUGCAGAUCCUCUCCAGUUCUGUCAGGCUGGAUGGUGAACGUUGGUGGACGGCCAUUUUUAGGUUUCUCCAGAGAUGCUCAGUUGGGUUUAAGUCUGGCUGGGCCAUUCAAGAACAGUCACAGAGUUGCCAUGAAGCCACUCCUUCAUUAUUUUAGCUGCUUAGGGUCAUGUUGGCGGGUAAACCCUCAGCCCAGACUGAGGUUCUGUGCACUCUGGAGAAGGUUCUUGUCCAGGAUAUCCCUGUAUUUGGCCGCAUUCAUCGUUCCCCCAACUGCAACCAGUCGUCCUGUCCCUGCAGCUGAAAAACACCCCCACAGCAUGAUGCUGCCACAACUAUGCUUCACUGAGGGGACUGGACAAUUAAUGAACCAGGUCUGGUUUUCUAAACACAUUCCGCUUCUCUCAUCAGACCAGAGAAUCUUAUUUCUCACCAUCUCGGGGGUCCUUCAGGUAUCUUUUAGCAAACUCCACUCAGGCUUUCAUGUAUCUUGCACUGAGGAGUAGCUUCCGACGGGCCACUCUGCCAUAAAGCUGAGGUUUGCAGUGAUGGCUGACUUUCACCAACUUUCUCCAUCUCCUGACUGCAUUUGUCACCAAGGCUCUUCUCCCUCGGUAGCGCAGUUUGGCUGGAUGGCCUGCUCCAAGGGUUCUGGUCGUCCCAAACAUCUUCCAUUUAAGGAUCAUGGAGGCCACUGUGCUCUUAGGAACCUAAAGUGCAGCAGAUAUUUAAUUUUGUAACCUUGGCCAGAUCUGCGCCUUGCCACAAUUCUGUCGGACCUCUGUGAUAUUUCAGUUUGUCUUUAACAACUGCAGACGUUUAUAAAAUUCUGUGUUUAUCUGUCAGUAUGUGUACAUAAUUGAGGAAAAAAUCAAUUUAAUUGAUUUUAGCAAGUGACUGCAGUAUAACAGAGUGAAAAAUUGACUGGUCUGAAGACUUUCUGCACCCACUGUAUGGGUGUGUUUGGAUAAGCCAUCGUUAAUAUGGUCUAAAUUAACCCGAUCCUAAAGCAGAUGUAUUCUGCUUUAUAAACAGCCACUGUUGUGUUCAUUCCCUAGCGUUCCAUGUGAACAUUAAGUCUCCCCUUCCAGUUAGCUAAUGGGUCCCUGGAACAAAGAAAAAAAUGAAAGCAAGGCCAUAAAAGUCAUUUUCUAAUCCGCUUUUCCUUACUCCCUGACUCACAUGUAUGUUGUACUUCAAUUUAAAUGGAAAAAUAUAGCGUAGCUUAGCUGCUACGUACCACAUGGCUAGAUUUAUAGUGGUUUUCUCCACGCUUGAUGCUUCUUCUCACGUUCUGAAAGGAAGGAUUUGAAGCUUGCUAAAGUCACAGCCAUUUGUUUCUCUUCUUCUCUGUCUGGUUGGAUGUCCUCAAUUUGGUGAGACGAACAUUUGUAGUUCGCUACGUCUUUUCACACAAAACCUAAAAUAAAUGUGGUCGCUUCUUGAAAAUAAGCACUUUCUUGGCAUCAAAAUGUGUCUUUAAAAUUCACGGACAUCAUAUGUUAAAUCAUAGCACGUAUCCAAUGGGAUCAGAAAAUAACUCAUCCGCUCAUAGACUUGCAUUCAUUUUUUUGGGCAGUUGGAGACCCAUGGUCCAGAAGUAGAUGGGCACGACUUAUGUCCCUUAUUAGUUUUGCAUUGAAUUGAAUUGAUGUGCUGCAUUUAUGUGCUGCUGGUGACACUUACACUUGUAAAUAACCAUAUGAUUCCAUUUAAAUAACCAUGCUGUUUUAAAGGUUUGCAAAGUAAUGCAGCGUGUAUCUCUGACAUUUUGCAGACAGGAGCUGUCUUAAGGUAGGAGCAAUACACUUUGGUAUUGGUAGCGCCCUAAUAGCCAUAUGCUCAUCGGUCUUGUUGGACACGAUCUCUUUUUCUCUAAACCAAGGCUGUUCAUGAGUUAAUUUAUAAUUUAAAUUUUUACACAGAAACAAACUUCAGAGUCCCUUUAAUUAGGUAAAAAUAUAUUUUCUUAAUAUUACAGAUAACUUAUUCAAUGAGUUUUACUCUCCUCAGCAUUGUUUUAAAUUUAAUUCCUAGUAGUUUGUGAUUUUUUAAAAUCUUUGCAGCAUUUUUAGACACGUGAGGUACGAUGAGCAGGUAAACUUCCUGCUGUAUGAACACAGGUGUGCAGCCGCAGAAGAGGGUUCAAAGCCACCUGGAAGUUUCACUUAAACAUAACUUGACGGACUUUAAACUCCUUUUUGCCUUUUUUUUGAAAAAUGCCUCAAAGGUGGCCCUGCACUAGUUUAAAUGUGUGGUUCCAUUAAUUGUUGUAGAAAGUGACACAAUGUGCAUGAAACGUAUUUUAGUAAAAAAUAAAGAUUUUAUGAUUACA